AUGACGGGUACGAUCAAAUUGAACAGCGGCUUUGAGAUGCCCGCCGUGGGCUUCGGUCUGUGGAAAGUCGACAACAACACCUGUGCCGACACGGUCUACAAUGCUAUCAAGGCCGGUUACCGUCUGUUUGACGGCGCGUGCGACUACGGCAACGAAGUCGAAUGCGGCCAGGGCGUGCAGCGCGCCAUCGCCGACGGCCUCGUCAAGCGGUCCGAGCUCUUCAUCGUCUCCAAGCUCUGGAACACCUUCCACGAGAGCCAGCACGUCGAGCCCAUCUGCCGCAAGCAGCUCGCCGACUGGGGCGUCGACUACUUCGACCUCUACAUCGUGCACUUCCCCGUCUCCCUGAAGUACGUCGACCCGGCCGAGCGGUACCCGCCCGGGUGGAUGGCUGCCGACGGCAAGACGAUCGAGCCGGCCAAAGCGACCAUCCAGGAGACGUGGACGGCGAUGGAGGCGCUCGUUGGAAAGGGGCUGGCGCGCAGCAUCGGCGUGAGCAACUUCAGCGCCCAGCUGCUGAUGGAUCUGCUGCGCUAUGCGAGCAUCGUGCCUGCGACGCUGCAGAUCGAGCACCACCCUUACCUGGUGCAGAGCCGUCUGGUUGAGUAUGCGCAGCGCAAUGGCAUCACCGUGACUGGGUACUCGUCGUUCGGCCCGUCUAGCUUUGUCGAGCUGGAGGUGAAGAACGCGGUGGAUGCGACGAUUCUGUUCCAGCAUGAGACUGUGAAGAGCAUUGCUGCGGCUAAGAAGCGCACGCCCGCGCAGGUUCUGCUGCGCUGGGCCACGCAGCGUGGGAUUGCCGUCAUUCCCAAGAGCAGCAGCUCGACCCGCAUGGCCGAGAACCUGGAUGUCACUGGAUGGGAUCUGGAGGAGAAGGAGAUUGAGGCUAUCAGUGCUUUGGACCGGGGUCUGCGGUUUAACGACCCGUUGAACUACGGAAUGUACGUUCCGAUCUUCUAA